UAUUAUUGAGAAAAUAAGAUAUAUAAAUGUACCAAACUGUUUGGUUACAAUUAUCAAACAUUUGGUAAUUGGCAAAUGAGUUGAUCCCAUUUUAACCGAAUUUUGACUCAGUUUUGACAAAAUUUUCGUUCCAAUAACAAAAUCCUUUUUUAUUGUGUUAUAACAUUAGAUUUUUUCAAUUCAGAAUUUCACCGGAGAUCAUAGAUUCGAAAAUUAUGGUAAAUAGCGAACCAAAACGAGUAACCAAUUUCCGUCCAACACAGGUCAUCGCACCCAAAAUCUCCGCUUCCGUCGACGUCGGUGUGUGACCCAGCGGCGUGCUUUCGAAUGCGCAAAGCAAUUGCGCGUCGUAAGCUCGAGUCGCGUGGUCGAGAGCCUUGAGAGUUAGUCGCCGCUACGGCAACGUAACGCGAGUCGCUCGCGAUAUUACAUUACCCGGCCGUGUGUCUUCCGUGAAUCUCGAAUGCGGAACGUUUCGACGCCACCACUGAUAUACGUGCGCGGGAAUUACUACGAACGCGACGAGCAUGAGUCGCCGAUAAGUCAAAGAGGACACACUGUAACCCGAUAUAACAACGUGCGCUCCUAAUAACAGCCGCUCUCUCGCGCGUCUCCGUAGCCGUAAUUAUUAUCUCACGUUCUUAUUACACGUUGGUUCUAUGGAUACUCUCGAACGAGCGACAAGCGCCUAAGAAGUGGGAACAAUUCGGAAACCCGGCGGGAUUGAGGACGAUACCGGGAGUAGAGUAGCGCAUCGAUACACACGAACCGGAGAACCAGGAUCUCUGCGCAGAAAAAUGGCGUCGCGACACGGCUGUCCUGCGUAACGCGCAUCGGCGGCUAUCGACGUGAAGGCGCACAAAGCGAGAAGCCGCGGCGGUGAAAUCCGGGUGUCGGCGCGAGAAACGAUGAACGAAUCGAGACGAGCCGGGAACGUAGCGGCGCGAUAAUAAUAAUAUGUGGACGACGCGGCCACGGACCAGGCGAAAGUCGCGACAACCGUCGACCCCGUCGUGCAAGGGACGCGAUAAUCGGACGUGGAAUCGCCGUCGGGGCGGCUUUCGCAUCAUCUACUCGGUGAUAUUGGCGGCCUGCAUGGCGGCGCAAGAAGCGAGGUGCACCAAGUGCCCGCCACCAGACACGAUACCCGGCUGCCCAUGUUACAACUUCGAGAACGGCGGCCUGUUCCUGGAGUGCGCAGGUGCCACCGAGGAGUCCCUCAGGAACGCUUUGUCCGGCGUGAUACAUGCCGCCGGCGGUGAAGGCGCGCUCGUGCAAUCGUUGAGCGUGUACGAAUUAGAUCGAAAAGUAGAGGAACUUCGGUCCGCCGCUUUCCCGACAGGCUCGCAAAUUAGGCAUCUGCAAAUAUCGCAUUCCGCGAUUCGCGAGAUAAGCGAGAAUGCUUUUGAGCGACUAAGCAAAAGCCUGGAAUCCUUGGCACUCGUAUCCGGCCGACUACCUCACGUACCUCAAAAGGCAAUGGCCACGCUGAGCCUACUCAAAGCGCUGGACCUGGAGGCCAACCUCGUUCAAGAGCUGCCCAGCUUCAGUUUCUACGGGCUCUCCUUAAUUAAACUGAACCUUAAGGGCAAUCAAAUCGUGAAAAUCUCCGAGUAUGCUUUCGCCGGACUCGAGGGCACACUGAAGGACCUGGAUCUGGCGGAGAACAAGAUCCGUGUGUUCCCUAUGACUUCCCUAAGACGAUUAGAACACCUCACGUCGUUGAGGCUCGCGUGGAACGAGGUGUCCCAACUGCCGGAAGACGGCUAUUCCAGGCUGGACGCCUUGAACUUCCUCGAUCUCAGUAGCAACAAUUUCAAGGACAUACCGCUCAAUUGCUUUCGCUGCUGUCCGUCCCUGAAGACCCUCUCCCUUUAUUACAACGCGGUCGAGUCGGUGGACAAGGAUGCCUUCAUAUCGCUGAUCGAUCUCGAAUCGAUCGAUCUCAGCCACAACAAGAUCGUGUUCCUCGACGUGGCUACCUUCCGUGCCAAUCAAAAACUCAGGUCGAUCGAUCUCAGCCACAAUCACAUACACUACAUCCGCGGCGUGUUUUCGCGGCUGCCCGAGCUGAAGGAGCUCUUCCUCGCGGAGAACAACAUCCUGGAGAUACCUGCGGAGACGUUCACCGGCAGCACUAGCUUGUCAGUCGUGUACCUGCAGCAGAACGCCAUCAGGCGGAUCGACGCGCGCGGCUUGGCGACGCUGAACCAACUGGCGCAGCUGCAUCUCAGCGGCAACUACAUCGAGAAGGUGCCGCGCGACUUCUUCGAGCACUGCGACAACCUGUCGACGCUCUCGCUAGACGGCAACAGCAUUCGCGAGCUCGAGGUCGGCACAUUUGCCAAGACGAAGCAGCUGCGCGAGCUGCGGCUGCAGGACAAUCAAAUCACCGAGGUGAAGCGCGGCGUGUUCGCGCCGUUGCCGUCGUUGUUGGAGUUGCACCUGCAGAACAACGCCAUCACGGACAUGGAGACGGGCGCGCUGAGGUCCCUGCACAGUCUGCAACACGUGAAUCUGCAGGGCAAUCUCUUGGCGGUGCUCGGCGACGUGUUCCAGGUCUCCAACGACGUCGGCCAGAGUGAAAGCAGCGGUAGCUCCUUGGUAUCCAUUCAGUUGGACAAUAAUGGCCUCGGUGUCUUACACAAUGACUCGUUAAGAGGUCAAGCCUCGGUUAGGAUCAUGUGGCUCGGCCAUAAUAGGCUGACUCGUUUGCAGGCGCCAUUGUUCCGAGACCUGUUGCUGGUCGAGCGUCUGUAUCUCACUAACAAUUCCAUCUCGCGGAUAGAAGACACCGCGUUCAAGCCAAUGCAGGCGCUCAAGUUCCUCGAGCUCAGCAUGAAUCGGCUGAGCCACGUGACCGUCAGAACCUUCUCGGAGCUGCACGAGCUCGAGGAGCUUUACCUGCAAGACAACGGUCUACGGCGUCUGGACCCUUACGCUCUGACCGCCCUCAAGCGACUGCGCGUGCUCGAUCUGGCGAACAAUCACCUGAACGUGCUGCACGACAAGAUCUUCCAGGAGGGUCUACCGAUCAGAACACUCAACCUGAGGAAUUGCACUGUCACCGUCAUCGAAAACGGCGCGUUUCGCGGACUGAACAAUCUCUACGAGCUGAAUCUCGAGCACAAUCAUUUCACUGCCACUGCUCUAGACCGUCUCGACAUACCGGGACUGAGGAUUCUGAGAAUAUCGUACAACAACUUCAGCCAGAUCAGCGGCAACUCUCUGGACGGCCUGCCAUCCUUGCAACAUCUCGCGAUGGACUCGUCGCAGGUCUAUAGAAUGCCGGCCGAGAUCUUCUCGAAGAACAAGAACCUAGGGAAACUGUUGCUCAGCAACAAUCUGCUCAGGGUGCUACCGGCGACGUUGUUUCUAGGUCUGGAGGCGCUCAAGGAGGUCAAGCUCGACGGCAACAUGUUCCAAGAGGUACCGUACGAUGUGUUCGCGAACGCCACCACGGUAGAGUUUCUCUCGCUGGCCAGCAACGUGCUCCUGCAAGUGGACAUGUCGCGGCUGAGCGGACUCAUCAGUCUGCGAGAGCUCGACCUACGCGGCAACUACAUUAUGUCCCUCACCGGCUUCGCUGCUGUCAAUUUCUCCCGCCUGAUAUCCGUGGACCUGAGCCACAAUCAUUUAACGGCUCUGCCGGCCAACUUUUUCGCGCGCUCAAACAUGCUACGGAAGAUCGAACUGGCGGCCAAUAAAUUCCGGCAGAUACCCGCGGUGGCGCUCACCGCGCAAAAUAUUCCCGGUCUAGCCUGGCUGAACGUCACCGCCAAUCCGCUCGUGAGAAUACACGAGAUCAGCUCGGAGGCCAAGUACCCGGCCUUGCAGGAGAUCCACAUCUCCGGCACGAAUCUGACGAUCGUCACCAGCCAAGACUUCGAGGCGUUUCCCGCGCUGAUGCAUCUCUUCAUGGACAACAACAUGAUAUCGCGGGUGUCGCCCAGCGCUUUUCGAAGUCUUCCUAAUUUACUGACGCUGGACCUCAGCGUCAACGAGCUGGAGUUGCUGCCGCAAGAGAGACUGAAAGGAUUGGAGCACCUGCGGUUACUGAAUCUCACGCACAAUCGUUUGAAAGAGCUCGAGGACUUUCCACCCGACCUCAAGGCUUUGCAAGUGCUCGAUCUCUCGUACAAUCAGAUAAGCGGAGUGGGAAAGAGCACGUUUCAGCAUCUGGAGAAUCUGGCCGAGCUGCAUCUCUACGGCAACUGGAUAUCGUCGAUCUCGCCGGACGCGUUCAAGCCCUUGAAGAAACUCAGGAUUUUAGAUCUAAGUAGGAACUACUUGGCAAACUUACCGCUGAAUGCCUUUCGACCACUCGAGACACAAAUACGGAGUUUACGGGCCGAGGAAAAUCCACUGCACUGCGACUGCGAGUCCCAGGAGCUGUGGGAAUGGUUGCGUGAUCAUCAGAAGCUGGUCGGCGGCGGGAUGAGCCGAAGUCGCGGCGGUGGACUGAGGAUGAACGAUGUGGACGGCGGUCUGUUGCGGUGCGAGCAGCCGCCGGAGCUACGCGGCCUGGUGUUCCUCGACCUGGACCCGCACGCCUUCUGCUCCGCGCCGUUGGUCCUGAAACUGGCGAUCCAGGACAUCCAGCCAUUCUCCGUCCUGGUGUCGUGGCAGAGUAGGAAUCACUCCGGCCUGCGGGGCUAUCAGGUGGCUUAUCACGCGUUGGACAAUAUCGACGAGAUACGUGCCAAAAUACUCGAGCCCAGCGCGCGCUCGGUGAAACUGUCGAAGCUGUCGUCAAACACCCGCUACCUGAUCUGCGUGUUCGGCCUCGGUAACUGGAUGACGCCGCGCGUCGAGGAUAAUCCAGGUGCAGAGCAGCUGAAUUUCUCCGAGAUCGAGAUCCUGGCGUCCACGCCGAGCUCGCAGAUGACCGACUCGUCCACCAGUCGCUGCACUGAGGUGAAAACGUUGGACGCGCCGGACGCGAUAAUCAGCAGCGACGGAUCGGCCAUGGGCGACGUCGGCAGCGUCAGCAGUUUCCUGACACGGCGGCUCGGCCUGAUAGUCGGCUGCUGCAUGGGCUUCGUCGUCUUCCUGCUGCUGGUGUCCGUGCUCGGCUAUCUCAAGGUCAAGAAACAAAGGGAGGCGGUGAAGCGAGAGCAGCAGCCGAUACCGCCCGAGUAUAUAUCCUAUCGGCACUUCAGCAUACAAAGCGGCGAGGCCGGUCACACCGCCGCCAGACAGACCAGCAUUCAAGACGGCCAACAUCCGAGUUUCAUCGGCAGCAUGGGCAAUACCACGCUGAACGUAUGAGAAAAGUCGCGGAACUCCCGACUCGUGGAGGUCUCGAACGUGUGAGCAGGCCCGAAUCACUCGUCACUCGUCGAUUCGUGCGUGUUUACCGAAUCGGAGGACUCCCGCGACUCGCGGAAGUUUCGAAUCUAUGCGCCAAAGGAACAAGAGAGAAUCUCGACAACAGACUGCUAUAUUCGAAUUCUCGUGGCAUGACGCCGCCGAGGUCUCGCGAAAUCGAGAUUCGGACUGUCGCGAUCGGCGGCGCGCGAGAUGUCACACACACACACACACACAC